UCUAUUCCUCAAACUUAUUUCUGUCUUGUGUUCGUGUUGCACAUGUGUUUGUUGAAAAAAAAGAGAAAGAAAAGAAAAAUGCCACUAACAACAUGCUACGCUUCCAAAGAAAGUUUUCCCCAAAAAUAGCCGGCUGACUCAUCGUUGGGCUCCAAAAGGCCUUUGCUUUGCUAAUUUCUUUUUUUUUUAUUUGGCCCCCAAGUUUGUACUUCCUGUACUUUUGGGUGGCGUUUCAAGUGUGAAGCGUUCCCAAGAACAGAAGCACAUUUAUUGCUUACCUCCAACCUUAGAAUCUCGGUCCCCUUGGCGUCUACACCGAUCUCUUGGCCUUUUGGCAGGCUCUUGCACUUGUCGACAUCGACAACAUUGCACAAUCGACCAAAGACUGCGGGAAAUUCAAUGUCAAUUUCCUUAGCGGAAAGGUCUCUAAAAAUAGUCUCUCCUCUGGCUACUUAAUUUAUGUUUGUUUACUUGAUUUCAGCGCUUCAAUAAUUUUUUCGAUAUUUCUAACUGCUUCCAGGCAAAGCAUUUGUUUAACACUAAUUUAUUGCCAAACUGCGACCCCAAUGUAAUUGUUUUAAUAAUUAAAAAACACUAAACAACACGGAGCGCGUUCAGCAGAACCGAAUGUCUAAAAAUAUGUAAUACUCACGACCUGCUCUCGCGCUCUCCGACUGAAAUGACUGAACCACUCGACUACCAAAUACCCUGAUCCUCAAGAGAACUUCCCAAAACACCUUACCCUAAACCAAAUAUUAUGAUUGAUGUGCAUAUUUUCGACAGUUUUUGACCUCAUAUCUGCUAUAUUUGGAAUCGAUUUUCUGGGUUAGGGUAUACAUUCAUACCUGAUCUUUGGCUGUUAGUUUUUUUGGCUUCCUUCGGUCGCAGCAAACAAUAAUAGCGCACACUCAGUUCAGCUCUCCCGCGGAUCUUACGGCCGUGCUCCUCGGGGUUCUCGACAUCGCCGAUAUUUUCAAUCUUUAUAAUUAGUAUUUGUGGCGUGCGCUUUCGUUCAUGUUGCGCUGAUUUCGGUUUUGUUUGUUUCGAGACCAAUGCUCAGGCAAUUGGCGAUCGGUGAAGGAAAAUCGUGCGGUGGAAAUCGCCUGGGAAAUUGGAAACGAAAUUCUAAUCAUAUCCAUAAAAUUGGAUGGCUCUAAGUGCGUGUGAAUGGGGGUUUUAAAAUGCAGUUUCAAUCAAACUUCAAAUCGAAAUUGUCGCCAUAGCGACGGGGGCGGCGAUGGUGUGUGUCUAUUUCCGUCGAAGCUGCCGAAUCUCUUACAAUUUCAAUUAUUUUUACACAUAAAUACGCUCUGUCUAUACUAGAUCUCCACACCGAGAACGUACAAUAAAUACAUUUCUAUUUUAUUUGUCUACAACAAAAUCAUGCUCCCAACAAAUACCAGAAAUCAGUACAAUUAAUGAAAUAGACCAAGUCGGAAGAGCACGAUCCGUAUCCGCCAAAAACCCAAAAAUUCAGACGGGCAACCAGCCCCUUUGAGGCGUUAAGUAUUGCCCGAUUGUCGUCAUCAACAUCUCGGGCUAUACCCACGCGAAAUCCCGAACGCUGGGAAGAGGAUUUCCGAGAUACGAAAUAGCCAAGAAAUGGCCACAUUUCUGAAUCGUUUUCAUCGCGAAAAAAGCGAAAAGAUUUUGCCCACAGCGGGCGGCGCAGUUGGGGAAAAUGGAAAACCAGCUGAUGCGGAGGCGGUACAGCAGCAGCAACAACAACCACGUCCUCAGAGGCGGUACAUGAGGAGCGCCACCGCCGCCAGCGUCACGCAGCUGCUCUCCGAAAGCUGCAACAGUCUGCUGCAGCGAUUUCGACGCAAUCCGAGCGAACGACCUGAUAAUAAACAGCAGCAACAUCAACAGCAGCAGCAACAUCAACAGCAGCAGCAACAUCAACAGCAACAGCAGCAGCAACAACGCAAUCGUGCGGCAGCCAUAGCCGAGGAUCCCAAAGAUUGGACACCAACGAAUGACAGCAAUAAUAAUAACAACAAUAGCAAGGGAAGAGGUGGAUCCAGUAAUCAGUCCCAGAAGUCGCAGAACCGACGUCGCCGCAGCUCGGACAAAUCUUCGACCAGUCGUAGACAUUUGGAAGGGGAUAGGGAACGGGAAAGGGAACGGGAACGAGAACGGGACAGGGAUAGGGAACAAGACAAGCAACGCGAGAUGGCCGAUCGACAUAGAAGAUACUAUGCGGGCGGAGGACUCGGGAGCACUACGGGAUUGGGCUACCAUCCCAGCAGCAGCGGGAGUAGCAGCAGCACUGCAGCCCUAAUGGGUCGCUACCAGAAGAGCUCCACCACAGCCAACGCCCUGGACAGAUUGCGAACCCACCUGAGUCCCGUGGGUGGUUACUACAAGCCACUGAUACGAGGAUUGGGCGGCGGAAGGCGUGACCGCGACCUAGACGAUGUUAGUAUCUGCGAAAUCGUUGGAAAGUGAACCAAAAGCGAGCGGUGUGCAAACCACUUAAGCGACCCAGACACCCAGACCUCCAGACCUCCCAGAUCGAGAUCCCAAAAGCGGGAGCCGUGACUCACAGCCUGGGCAUUUCAUUUUGGAAAACAGCAAAAGAAAUCAUCUCACCUGUCGGCCAUGAGUCAGCGAAAGAGUGACUGCCCUAAAUGUGUGACAUGUCUGACGGUCUUACGAGGAAAUAUGCGCAAUUAAAGGGGUCUUUAUAGAUAUACUAUAAGUGUAUAUGAGCAGUAUUGCACUAACGCUACCCCUAUUGCCACAUACAUGCCUAUAGAAAGUUUCUUCCUACACAGAUAGAUAGAUAGAUAGAUAUAUGUGCAGAUAUUAUAUUAGGGGCCCACACGAGCGCGUUUAAUAGCGCUUCUAUAUGGCCGAUUCUAUAUCUUCAGCUUCAUUCUUGCCGUGUGCGUUUACGUUUUCGAAUUUAUUUUCGAUUCCAACAUCUCGGCGCUUUUCUCUAUUCCGCUAUAUUUGUAUCUCUCUGUACGCCACACAGAUGUGUAUAAAGCUAUUCAUGAUUUUCACGAUUUUCUGCCGCUCUAUAUAUAUAAACUUUGAAGGUCGUCGCGCCGUAGACUUUUUUGUUUAGAUUUCGCUAGGCAUUCUAAAUAAAAAUAAAGGGUAUCCCCCGCGGCCACCUCUCCACCUCUCUGAAAAGCAGAGAAUACGUGGAGAAAGCCACCUUUAAUGGCAGUGAAAUUGUGCGAAAUGAAAAGGCCCAAAAGCACCCCAUAAUUAGUCAUUGCCGAAAAGGCCAUUUAAAUGGGGUCUAAGUCUAGGUCUGGUCUUGAGUUUCGGUCUCUGGGCCUUCUUCUUACGUGGAGCGUAAAAAGUUUUACGCCCGUCACCGUUGGUUUCACACGAGCGCUGCUUUGGAGCACUUUCCUUUUCCAUUAAACCCGUGAAUCCGAAACUGAAUCUUAAUCUCAAUCCCCCUACCUUGAAAUCGUCGGGUUCUUCAGCGAAGAGAUCUGCUCUUGGACAAAGACAGAACGCCCACCACAUCAGCGACCUCCUCGGGAGGCAAGCAGUCUGCCAUUUCCCGGUUGGAGAACAAAUACUCGGACAUCUUGG